UAGACAACAACCAGCAAUGGGUACUUGCAUAAAGCAGCGGCAUAAGUUAUAAAAACCUUCUCUGAUUGGAUAAAUUUCUUUCUUGACCUACUAUUGUUGGAGAGGCCACCUGUAUUUGGAAAUAACAAACCACAGUACUAAAGCGGACAAAGUGACCAUAUUUCUUUUCCGGGAAAUCCGGAAGUUGGACUAUACUUACCCAACUUGUAACUGUGGUGGCGCAGUAGUGAUCGGUGGCGCGCUGAAAAUUCAAAAUGGACGAGGAAGUGAAAACAGCAAGAAUGGAUAAUACUGCCGUUUCCAGCAAAGAACAGGCAAGCAUUGUCGAUUGCCUGAAAAAUCUAAUGUUAGAUGAGAAAACAAAGGAUGACCAGAAACCAUUUUGCAAGGCUUUCAGGAAAACAGGCUUGGUGUACGAUGAAAGGAUGCAAAAGCAUUGCAAUGUGUGGGAAAAGGAUCACCCAGAAUGCCCACAGAGAAUAGAAAGAAUUUACCAACAGCUAUGUCAUUCCGGACUCGUUGAGCGAUGUGAGAGAAUCAAAUCGAGAUCAGCCACAUUUGAUGAACUUAACUCAAUACACAGUGAGCGACACAUAUCCGAAAUGAAGGAAUGCUGUGAUAAAUCGCCAAGAGAAUUGUACAAGAGAGGGGAAGACUUUGAUUCUAUUUACCUAAGUCAACAUGUCUAUGAAUCUGCCACGCUGUCUGCUGGUUGCACCUUACAGCUUCUUGAUGCUGUUCUAACAAACAAGGUUGACAAUGGAGCAGCUGUUGUAAGACCGCCCGGCCAUCACGCAUUUUCUGACUAUCCAAUGGGAUUUUGCUAUUUCAACAACGUAGCCCUGGCUGCACAUUUCGCCAAAACCAAAUACGGAUUGAAAAGAGUGCUGAUCGUCGAUUGGGACAUCCAUUGGGGGAAUGGAAUUGAGAAGAUAUUUGAAGACGAUCCAGAUGUACUGUACGUCUCAUUGCAUCGAUACGACAACGGCAACUACUGGCCCCAUCAGAAAGAAGCGGACUAUAAGGAAGUUGGAACAGGCAAAGGGGAGGGAAAGACGGUUCAAAUCGCUUGGAAUAAGGCAAGCCUAGGCGACAGUGAAUAUCUGGCUGCUUUCACAAUGGUUAUUCUCCCUAUUGCGUAUGAAUUUGCACCUGAGCUGGUUCUCGUUUCAUGUGGCUUUGAUUCUGGACUCGGUGACCCAAAGGGUCAGUUCUGCGUCACUCCGGAAGGCUUUGCUCAAUUGACGCAUCUUCUGAUGGGUCUGGCUAACGGAAAGAUCAUUCUGGUGCUUGAGGGGGGUUACAACCUCAGCACCAUAUCAUACUCCAUGGAGGCUUGCGUCAAGACUCUACUUGGGUAUCCUUGUAUCCCUGUUGAAAUUGGUGAGGCAGAUGACAGUGCUAUAGAAUCGAUUUUGAAUACUGCGCGAACACAAAGCAAAUACUGGAAGAGUCUCAAAUGGGCAGGCAAAAUAUUAUCUUCAACUGAUGACAUGGCAGAGAGUGUCAGCGCAAGACUGAAGGAAAUGUCAGUUGGAGAAAAAGAAGAAAAGACUGAAAGCUUCGACAAAGAGCACUGAACACUGAGUUAUUCUUUUUACUGCAUAGCAGACUUUUUUGGCAAGACAUCAACUAAGUUACUAUCGAUUUUUUGUAGUUGAAUGUGUAGUUUGGUAAGUGAGAUUUUUGUAGAAUACUGUUGUGGACCGCCAACCCUUUUCCGCAACUAAUGGCGCCCAACAUGGGAAUAGGGUGGUGUCCAAUUUUUUCUCUCCUCAACCAAUGCUUUGACAGGCAUUCUGAUUAAGCGCUUUGGCACAUGAAUUUAGGGAGUUAGUUGCUAAGAUUUGUGGGAGUAUACGCAUAUUCAUCUGAAUUUAAAUAUCUCAAGAGUUUGAUUUUCUUGGUAUCCCCGUCCUAGAGUUUACAACAAAUAAUGAUAAGGACUAUUUAAUUAUUAUGUAAUUAUUGGAGACGCCUACCAUGCAAAAAUAUGCAACGAUCAUCAAUGCACACCUACCAUGUGUUUUACGUAAAAUGUAACACAUUAAAUACCAAACUUGGAAGAAAUUAAAUACAAUCAUUGUAACACUUCCUCUUUCUACAAGAGAUACUUGUCUCAUGAGUAAAGAUGCCAAGAGAGAUAUCAAAUGGAGGGAGAAAAAACUCAAAACCCACUGCAAGACACGUUUAAAAUGAGUUCUGAAACUCGUUUUGACUCUUUGGUCACCUGCAGUCCUAUUCUUUCCCGGUGUACCAACCCCCUCCCCCUUUCUCCUCCCCCCCAUAAAACCACGCAACACACAAAGUAUAUGCAUUACAAAUUUUAUUUGAGUAGCCAUGUAUUACGCUAGAAAUGGCGGCCAGUGCAAGAGUUAGAGCAUGUAUUUCCCGAUUGCACAAAACACAUACCCAGCAUGCUACAAAAAAAUAACAAGCCAUGCCUGUCUGCGUUCCUAAAAGCCUUACGUAAUAAGUUAUUUGCCCCUAAAUAUAUUUGUUGUGUUGUAAAUAUAAUAAUUAUUAGCUGUAAAGUGUGUUCUCAAAGGACUAUUUAGAGCUUUGCUCAUAUCUUAAUUUCUGUUGUCAUUUUACUCAUUUUUACAGAGAAAGACUUGUGAUUU